AUGUCCCGCCGACUUACUGAUGAUGAAAUAUUGAAUGCAGUGUUUCAUGGAGGUGGUGAAAUAUCUCUGCCAGGAACCUUUGGUGAUCAAACAGCCGAAGCUGCUGCUGCUGCCGCUGCAUCUAAAAUUAGCGACUCGAUGCUGAUGCAACUCAAGCAGCUUGAACAGGAUGCUGUUGGAUUGGCCAACGAGGGUGAUCUCGAUGGGGCUUACACUGUUUUAUCCAAAGCUGUGGAUCAAUGUCCAACUUAUGCUAGUGCUUACAACAACAGAGCUCAAGUACUGAGAUUGCAGGAAAAGGAUGAUGCUGCCUUGGACGAUCUGUGCAAGGCGAUCGAGUAUGCAACUCCAACUCGUAGUCAAACCACUCUCAAACAGGCAUACACUCAACGUGCCAUUAUUAAAAAGAAGCGAGGUGAUGUCGCUGGAUCGGAGCAAGACUUUGCCAAAGGAGCUCAGUUUGGUAACGAAGUUGCCAAGGGCAUGGUCAAAAGCAAUCCUUAUGCGAAACUAUGCAAUGCUAUGGUAUCCGAGGCAAUGGCUCGACUUUCUGAAAAACCAACACCUGCCUCAUCCCAAGUUUGA